CUCUAAACCCAAAGCUAAGAACGGAGGAGCUUAAAGCUGCAAUGGUGGUCCUGUUGACAACUCUCGUCGUCGUUCUCAAUAUCAUCUCUGCUUACAGUUCCUCUUGGGAGUUCGACGUACCCGUCCUGCCAGGCUAUCCAGGACCGCUGCCAUUCAAGCUCCAAACCGGAUAUGUUGGCGUGGGAGACGAAGACGAAAGGCAACUGUUCUACUACUUAAUUGAAUCGGAAGGAGACCCGGUUAGGGAUCCUUUGCUAUUUUGGUUUCCUGGCGGACCGGGGGUCUCUGGAUUUUAUGCCCUUGUUUGUGAAAUCGGUCCCCUGAAAUUUGAUUACGAGGCCUUCGAUGAAGACCUACCUUCUUUAGUCGCUAAUCCUUAUUCAUGGACUAAGUUUGCCAGCGUUUUGUUCAUCGAUGCACCAGCCGGCGCUGGUUUCUCCUACGCCACGAGCGAAAAUGGAUAUGCGGUAUCGGACACCAUAGCUGCGGAACAUAACUACAUGUUCUUGAGAAAAUGGCUCUUAAGUCAUCCGUCGUUUAUCAGAAAUCGAUUCUACUUGGCGGGCGACUCUUAUGGCGGCAAAACUGUGGCCCUCCUAGCUUCAGAAAUCAUAAAAGGUAAUGAAGCUGGACUCGAGCCACAAAUCAGAUUCCAAGGAUACAUGAUUGGCAAUCCAGUGGUCGAUGAGGAUAAGGAUCAUAAUGAGCAGACUCCAUUUGCUCACAGAAUGGGGUUGAUAUCCGACGAAUACUUUGAGAUGGCGAAAAGCAGCUGUGGUGGGGAGUAUGUGAAUCCUGAUCCAAACAACGUAGAAUGCAAAUAUGCUCUUCAACUUGUGAAAGAAUGCAUUCAGCAUAUCAACCCCCAACACAUACUGGAGCCCAAGUGCCGCGAAUAUCCAGUGAUACAGAGACUUGAUAAUUCUACAUUCGGCUCAAAAGAACAACGUCCCAUCAAUUUCCUCUUGCUUCCCAAACAAGAGCGACACUUUUGCCGUGCCAAUGGUUAUGUGCUUUCUGCCCUUUGGGCAAACAACUCAACUGUCCGAGAAGCACUCCAUGUCCGAGAGGGAACAGUAGGCGAUUGGAUUGAAUUCAAUCAUAGCAUACCCUACGAGCACAAUGUUGCAAGUGCUUUUGAACAUCACAGGCUUCUUAGCAAGAAAGGAUUGCAUGUCUUGGUGUACAGCGGGGAUCACGACUUGAGUAUUCCGUACAUGUCCACUUUAAAAUGGAUACACCGUCUCAAUAUCAGUGUCGACGAGCAAUGGAGGCCUUGGAUGGUCGACGGGCAAGUUGGAGGAUACACCGAGAAAUACAUGAACAAAAAGGUCUUUCUUACAUUUGCAACAAUAAAAGGCGGGGGACACACAGCUCCGGAAUACAUGCCGAAAGAAUGCUUUGCAAUGGCCGAUAGAUGGCUCUCUUCGUAUCCUCUCUAGGAAGCUCUAGAUUUUUCUGGUGUGCAUCUUCUUCUUUACAUAAUACCCCACGUCAUGUUUGAUAAUAAUAAUAAUAAUAAUAAAUAAAUAAAAAUGAUUUGGCAUGGCCACGGUGGAGAUGCUCUG